AUGAGUAAGGAGAGCAAGCACAGUCCAAGUGUGUGGAAGAAGAUUAAGUCAGCCUUUAAAAACCUGGCAGGCGGAAAGAAAAAAACCAGGCUGUCCAUGGAAAAUGAAGUGUUCAGUGGGCAUUCUGAAGAGGAAAGCAAGGUUUUGGAUUUGGAAGAAAAGUGGGUCAACGCAUGCCAAUACACUCCUGGAUACAACCGAAAGCUGCUUAUCUAUUCUGUUUUUGACCGGGUGGAGGAAAGCGCAUCUUCCGACUCUGAGCGGAUCUUGUUGUUUAAAAAAGAAGCCUCUACAGAGAUGCUGGAGUGGUGGAACAAGCUACCCAAUAAGCCCCAAAAGUGGGAGGACCUAAAGUCUUGGCUAAUUGAGGAUAGCGACAGCGUUGAAGGAAUGCAAAGAAUCCGCCAUGCGGGGCUAUCAGACACAGACUACUGA